AUGAAAAAACGUGCACGAGAGGAGACCACGCCGAUUCCCAAAAUAUAUACACAAGAAAUCGUUAAAGCUCGUAUCAGUCAUCCCGGUAUACCAAUUGGUCUAUUCUUUCCUACAUUUGAGAAUAUUGAUGCUUCGCUGCAUCGAAGUCGAUCGAAGAACUAUCCAUCGUUACCGAAAUUAAUUACAUUGUCUACAUCACUACAGCGAGAAACAUUGGAACAAGCUAGCGUUCUAUCGAUGGAAUCCAUGAAUAAUAUUCGAACUGUUCAUCAAUUGAAUAAACAAGGGUCGUUGGCAGCCAAAUAUGAAUCGCUUACGAAUCAAUGUUUAAAAAUAGCACGCAGAUAUUGUGUCAUUCAUAGUGCGGUAUGGAGUAUUAAUUUCGCUUUUCCGUGGUUUGUCGCAUCUGCAUUAUAUGAAUCGGCUCUUAUCCUCGUUGAUCAUGGCGUAUUACAACCAAAAGAUUUAAUUUGGCUUUAUGCAUAUAUUUCUUUCGCUUUGGCUUCAACUAACUUUGCUUAUAUGUUAAUAUACGAAUUAGGACAAUCUACGUCAGCUGUAGCAAGUUUUCUUGAUUUGUUUGAUCUUAUUCCGAAAAUUGAUAAUAAUUCUACAGAUGGAAUGGAAAUUACUGAUCUGAAAGGAGACAUUAAAUUCGAUCAAGUUCACUUUGUUUAUCCGAGUCGACCUAAUCGAGUUAUUUACAAAAAUUUUAAUCUUCAUAUCAAAUCAGGACAAUCCGUCGCUAUUGUCGGACCAAGUGGAUCUGGAAAAUCGACUCUUACGUCUCUUAUCGAAAGAUUCUAUGAUGUUGAUCAUGGUCGAUUGUUGAUUGAUAAUAUUGACAUUCGUGAAUUGAAUAUACAGUGGUUACGUUCUCAAAUCGGUCUGGUCAAUCAAGAACAUUUUCUAUUUACUGGCACCAUACGAGAAAAUAUUAUUUAUGGUUGUUCAUAUUUACGUAAUAAUGUACCAUUGAAUGAGGUUAUCGAUGUUGCGAAACAAGCCAAUAUUCAUGAGUUUAUCGAAUCGCUACCAAAUACUUAUGAGACAAUUGUCGGCUAUAAUGGGACGCAACUAUCAACUGGUCAAAAGCAGCGCAUAGCCAUAGCGCGAGCAUUGAUGUACAAUCCACGCAUAUUGCUUUUUGAUGAAGCAACAAGUGCGCUGGAUAAUGCCAAUGAAACAGUGGUUCAACAAGCCAUCGAUAAAAUACGAUCCGAUCAAAUUCGUACAUGCCUGAUAAUUGCACAUCGUCUAUCAACUGUUCGCAACUGUGAUCUUAUCUACGUGAUGAAUAGCAAAGGCAAUAUCGUCGAAUCAGGAACACAUGAUGAUCUAUUGAAUGCACGUGGUUCUUACUAUCAAUUAUUGACAAUGAACCAAGAUAAUAUUUAA